GAGACGGCACUUUUUGCGCGGCCUUCAUCUAUGUUAUUAGUAUCCUUGUUGGUGUGCGUCGCUUAGUCAAGAUGCGGACAUCCAAGAUCUCGCAGGAGACUACUAGGAUAUUCGACGCGAUAUCGCCGAAUGCGCGCACAGGUCGAACCACCAGGAGUGCCAAACGGAUCGCCUCGUUCGCAUUAGGAUACAAUGGAGAAAUUGAGGUCAAAGAGGAGGUAUCAUCGCCGUCAGAUCUUGACAGUACACAAAGAGGCACACCAGACAUCGAGGAUGGCUUGAGCACGCCGGCGCGCGCCAGUCGCAAGAGAAAGUAUGGCUCCAGCACGCCGGUUGUUGUAACGGAGUCCGUUGUCAAGACGGAACAUGAGUCGACUUGGACACCGGUUCGCCGAACAAAGGAAGAAGAGGCAGAUGAAGGAGACGAGCAGGAUGAUACAAAGCCGCCGGCUCCAGGCCGCGCAAGAGCUAAGCCCAAGAUACCUGCAAGAAGGCAGACUUCACCGUCCGGGCGUGUUCAGGUCGUGCCACCCUCGCAUUGGGAUGAGAUAUACCAUACAAUCAAGGCCAUGCGGCGUCGAAACCCUACCGCGCCUGUCGACACGAUGGGCUGCGAAGACCUGUUCUGGAGAACUGCUCCGCCGCGGGAGAAGCGGUAUCAUACGCUCACGGCGUUGAUGUUGUCAUCGCAAACCAAGGAUACAGUCACGGCGGCGGCCAUGCAAAGACUACAUGCGGAGUUGGUCCCGCAAGUUCCGGACGAAGAUGGGAAGAUCCAACAGUCAACUUUGACAGUUGAGAAUAUGAUUGCGUGCGACCCCAAGCAUCUCGACAGUCUGAUUGGGAAAGUUGGAUUUCAUAAUAACAAGACGAAGUUUAUCAAGCUGGUCGCCACGAUUCUAAGGGACGAAUAUAACUCGGAUAUACCAGACUCGAUAGAGGGAUUGGUCCGCCUGCCGGGCGUGGGCCCCAAGAUGGCAUAUCUGUGCAUGUCUGCUGCUUGGGGAGUCGAUGAGGGUAUUGGAGUGGAUGUGCAUGUUCAUCGGAUCACGAACCUCUGGGGGUGGCACAAGACGAAAACGCCUGAGGAGACUAGGGCGUGGUUGGAAGGAUGGUUGCCCAAGGAUCGAUGGCAUGAGAUCAAUAAGAUGUUGGUCGGCUUGGGUCAGACAGUGUGUUUGCCUGUGGGCAGGAGAUGUGGAGAGUGUGAUCUGGCCGGGACGGGGUUGUGUAAGGCUGAGAUCAGGGGAUGGAAAGCUACAACCAGAAAGGUCAAGAAGGAGAAGGUGGAAGUCAAGAUCGAGGAAGGAGUUGAAGUGGUGAAGAAGGAAGAGGAGGAAAGGGAGAUUUUGCAGGUGAAGGAAGAAUUGCUUGAUUCUUGACUCCAUACAAGCUAUGU